AUGGCAGCAUGUACCUCCACCCCAGCUUCGAAGACCGCUGGCAGACAUAAGGCGAGCAGAACUACAGCCAGAACUCGAACCCAGACUGGUGCUUCGCUGGCAGAAAAAGAGAACAGUCAGGUUGUUACCCCUCAUGCCAGGCAGGCCCCUGGUAGUCCCUUAGGGGAACGUCAGCUCAAUGGGCACUCGGGCGCAUCAGCGGCCGUCACUAGUGCAGACCCUUUGUUGGUAAUGGGUGCCAUUAUGCAGCGUAUCAAGGAAAUGGAGGAUGAGCUCGCACAUGAGCGCGAGGCCAAGAAGCACCUUGAGGAGCAGGUGCAGGACUUUUUGCGCAAGGAGAACGAGGUUGACGUUGCCGAGGAGGCUGCUGAGCAAGCUAGAUGGGAGAAAAAGUAUGAGGAGUUGCAAAAAACGAUGGAGAAAGACCGCCAGCUCAUCGCGGACCUUCGAAAGCAGUUCCCAAAUGUUGAUAUCUCCGACUUUGGGCCCAACACCAACAACAUCCUCAAAACUAUGGUGGCUCAUCCCAAAGGCACCGCCGGUAAAGACUUCAGCAUCCAGGUCUCCAUGGGCCUUGCAGGUUCAACAAAGAAGCACGCGAAAUACACUGCAAUCCUGCGCUCACUCCGUGACCUUGUCCUCCAGUCACGCAUCAACUGGGAGCUUCCCUGGGCUCAGAUCCCUGCCAGCAAGAAGGCUAAACUCUUCCAAGUCGCUCGAGAGCAUCAUCCUGUUCUCAAGAGGUACAUGAAUGACUGGGCUACUGAAGAGAUCAUCAAACACUACAUGAAAAAUAAACGGGCCCACCAUUAUGCCAGCGGCUGGCUCGAGGUACCAGCCAAAUAUGACUAUCUCAAGGAGAAUGCUAGCAAGCGUGACCCCAACAGGUCUCGAGUCUCCCGUGCAAAGGCUGAGCUAGCUGUGAAGAAGAGCUGCAAGAGGGUUCGUGUGGCCAAAAAGAGGGGUCGCAGGAUGACGAGGGAGGAGGACAUGGAUGAGGGUGACGUGGUUCAAGAGGAAGAGGUGGGGCACAAUGAGGCAGAUGUUGACAUGAACUGA